AUGGCUCCCACGAAUGGAAUCAGUAUCCGCAAUCUAAAUGGCAAUUGGGUCAUGGACAAGGCCCGAUCAACGAAUGUCGAUGCAGUCUUUAAACUGCAAGGAGUCGGCUGGGUAACCAGAAAGGCGAUCGCGGCGGCAACCCCGUCUCUGAAAAUCACGCAGUGGUCAGACUCGGACAGCGUUGGCUCCAGCUCUUCACCACCCGAGUGGAUGCUCCUCGAGCCUGCCCUCGCUGGCGUGCUCAAGCCAGCGCCCGAGAAGCGGUCGAUGACAUGGACCGAGGCAGAGUACAACGAUAGCCUUUUCGGCCGUGUGCUUAUUCGAAGCCAGUAUAUUUCCGGGGAGAAGACGUCCGACGGACGAGUGCGACCACUUGUCAAAUUCCAGACCAUGAAUCUUGGAGCAGAUGCUGAGAGUGUACUUGGCGAGCCGGUUAUAGUGUCGCAAGACGAGGCUGUCCCGGACACUGUAGAGAAGGCUUUUAUUCAUGAUUUUGUCAGGAGUGUUGACUCCGGAUGGACGGCUGAGCAGAUCUGGGCUGUGGAACUAUUCGGCGAGGAGGUGAUCCUGUCGCGCAGGGUUGUCGUGGCCAAGGGCUCUUCUAUUGAGUCGGCUCGGGUGAUUUAUACAUAUCAAUGA